AUGUCACUUUUGGUGUGGCUUGUUUCCGGGAUUUUCACUGCCAUUGGAGCCUACUGUUAUGCUGAAUUGGGAACAUUGAUCAAAAAAUCCGGUGGUGAUUAUGCUUAUAUCAUGGAAGCAUUCGGUCCAUUCCUUGCAUUUCUCCGUUUAUGGAUUGAGGCGAUUGUGGUGAGACCUUGCACAGUGACAAUUGUUGCGUUGACCUUUGCAAUCUACAGCCUUCGACCAUUUUAUCCAAAUUGUCCUCCACCAGAAUGGGCACCGGAAUUGCUGGCUGUUUGUCUCAUUGUUUUGAUGACAGCAAUCAACUGUAUUUCUAUUCGAGCUGCCACUUUUGUUCAAGACUUUUUCACUGUUGCUAAAGUUUUUGCUCUUAUUAUGAUUAUUGGUGCUGGUGGGAUUCUUCUUUGCUUAGGAAAACCUCAGUACUAUGCUUCUUUUGAAAAUCUUUUCGAGGGAACUUCAAAGGAUUUCACAACAAUUUCUCUUGCUUUUUACGCUGGCCUUUUCGCCUAUUCUGGAUGGAAUUUUCUCAAUUUUAUUGUUGAAGAGUUGCAAAAUCCGAAAAGAAAUCUCCCACUAGCUAUCGCCAUCUCAAUCUCUUCAUGCACAAUUAUUUACUUUUUAACGAAUGUCGCUCUGUACACUGCGAUUUCUCCUGAUGAAAUGCUGGAAUCUCCCGCGGUUGCUGUUCUUUUUGCUAAUAAACUAUUCGGCCCCUUCUCUUUCAUGAUGCCCAUUUUUGUUGCUUGUUCGACGAUUGGAUCAGCUAAUGGAGUAAUUUACACUUCAUCUAGAUUAUUCUACGUGGGCGCGCGUGAAGGCCAAAUGCCCCAAGUGUUCACGAUGAUCAACAAAGAUACCAGGACUCCAAUCCCGGCUGUUGUGCUCACUGGUCUUCUAUCGCUUGCCUAUCUCGUUUUAUCAAAGGAUGUCUAUGCUCUCAUCAAUUACAUUCAAAUCAGUUAUUGGCUAGCCAUCGCUGCCGCAAUUGCCGCACUUUUCUACUUGAGAAAAUUGAUGCCCGAUGCGCCAAGACCCAUCAAAGUUAAUCUCAUUUGGCCAUCAAUUUUCUUUGUGUGUUGCUUGGCUUUGGUGGUUAUUCCAAUCAUGGCGGCACCUGUAGACACGGCAAUCGGAUUGGGCAUCAUGUUGACGGGAGUGCCCGUCUAUUUCGUCUUUAUCGCCUGGGAGAACAAGCCGAAAUUUGUGGAAGUUCUCUCAGAAUCCUUCACGAUCUUCAUCCAGAAAAUGUUCAUGGUUGUGAACGACGAGAAAGAUGAU